GAUUCGAUGAUAUUACUUGAUGUUAAUCGCCACGACCUUCGUCUAGACUCUACCGUCAUAACUCUGCCAACUUUUCACUGGCACUCGAUUCAUUGCAGGCUUCAGCACGAAAGUGGACGCAAAAUGAUCACUGCGCAGAGCAGCUCAAACCAAAUUGCUGAGACAAUAGCUUUUCCAGCAAAUGUAGGCGAUGGCAUGUCUGAGGCCUGAGGAGUUCGUCAACAGGGAUUUGGCCAAAAAUGGGAGACUGCGUCUAAAUGCAGCAGGAGCUCUUCCAAAAUAAGCCUGUUGUGCAAGAACCGAUGUCUCCGACGAAUUUUGUCGCAGCGAUGAUCAGAAAAUGAUGCUCAGACCCGCAGUUACCUAACAGCGCGACGUUGUUAGCACAGUUUUAUUCGCCGGAAGUUGAAGAAAUCUUCGCAUCCAACUAGUCCAUACCGUACGUUCUCGUAUUCUUAUUUUCACAUGAAGCUUUUUUAUUCAAACGAUCGAAUGUUCUCGGUCAUGUUUCCCUCAUGCGACGCGUUCUCAGUUCUCUCAUCUAUUACACUAUCCUGGCGGUUUCAAAUGGUUUGCCAUCGAGCUGGUCAGGUGAGGCUCCACACCGCCUUUCGCCUGCCCUAAGGAGCAAAAUCUGCGCCUGGCCCCACUUACUGGUCGAGUCAUCUUGGCGAUAGCUUCAACUUCCGAUGCACAUACGGAUGAAAGUCAGACAUGGCUGGGCUGUGAUGAUUUUGACAACACGCGGAUUCGGGCGCUGUCUGUCGAGGAAUAUAAACAUGCCAUGCGUCUUCUGGUGUCAUUGCCUCUUUCUCGGGUCUUCUUCUGGCCCUCCAUGUUCCUGCGGUUGUUCCUAGUACUUCUCCGCUCGCAUGUCGCCCUAAGUGUAAUUAUUCCUCUUCAACGACGCCGAGAUGCACACUCAACCUCAGUGCACGUCAAUACUGUUGCCGGAGACCCUUAUAACUUCCAGAAUGUCAACAACAGCUUGUACGCAGGGACGAUUCAUGUCUCCGGCCAACCUUUUUUAGUUCAACUUGACACGGGAUCCUCUGACCUCUGGCUGGACACCGCGGAAGUCUCACUGUCUGGGACUGUAAACACCGGUGUAUAUGCAAACAUAUCCUAUGCCGACGAGAGUACCGCUCAGGGCAACAUCACCUUGGUCGACAUCAAUUUCGGGGAUUUUACAGUCAAGCAUCAAGCUUUCAUUGACUCUCCCGGAUCGAAUGCAACUUCCAAUGGCGCAACUCAGGGCCUCAUGGGCGUUGGACCAUUAUCUACCUCUGUUAUCCCGGAUUUUCUAAACAGGUCUGGCUCUGCCGUCAAUGGAUCACCGUUCUUAUUCAACGUAUUCAAUCUUUAUCCAAAUGAACCAAACUAUAUUACCUUCCUGCUCUCUCGGGGCGGGCAGUUUGGAACGGUCGAUGGUGGUGACUUCACCAUAGGCGAAUUCGUCAACAAUCUCAGUACUAUCGCGGAUGCGCCAAAGCUACCUGUUACAAAUCCUGCAGCUUGGGUCACUUGGAUGUCUGGCGUCACUGUGAAUGGAAAACAAAUCAAUUACACUGCACCAUCUGCAGACGGCCUCCCAGCUAUCCUUGAUUCUGGCAGCACGCUCGGUAAUGUCCCUGUUGACGUCCUUCAUGCCAUAUACGGCGAUCUUCCUGGUGCAGUGUUCGAUAAUGACACGAGUUUCUAUAACAUCUCCUGCGAUACCAAGAUGAACAUCAGCUUCAUCUUUGGAGGAAUUGAAUAUCCCAUUCACCCGUUGGAUGCUGUAUACGUACCUGGUGACAUCGUAGAAAAUGGUUCUCCAGUUUGCUUUAGUGCAUUAUAUGCAUCUGAAGGGCCCAUUGCCCUUCUUGGCGACAUGUUUUUACGCAACGUGUACAGCCUGUAUGAUUUUGGGAACUGGACAGAGGCAGGAGACGCUGGACCAUUCAUGCAACUUCUCAGCGUUCUCGAUCAGGACGAGGCUUGGGCUGAAUUCGAUUCUCUCAAUCACGGCCGCCUACAACAGGCACUUGCACAGAUCAACAAGUCCGACCAGAUCACCACGCCAAAGACAACAGACAACCCUCCCCCGACUCAGGACAUCUUUGGGGCGCUCUCCGAUAAUAGUGUAUCAUCGUCUUCCGUGGACUUGAGUGGUUUGACCCGGAACAUGUACAUCAUUGUGGGGCUGAUUGCAGCCGUAGUUCUCCUUCUCAUUGUUUUAGUUCUGGCGACAUUACUCAAAGGUCGUGGAGGAGAUGGGAAGGGUUCUUAUAGUGUCGUAGGCUUGUAUGGCUCUACGGAUCGGAAGGAGCAAAAGCCUCUCUCAUUGGCAACAGAGCGGUUCUCCGCCGAGUCUACGACUCCAUACAAUGAUGGAGGUCGUUAGUCGCUCAGUUGGUGUUAAUUAUUGGACUUUCUUUCUCUUUUCCUAUACAUAUUAAUCGCUCAUUCACGGACAGUUCUAUCAUCUGUAGCUUUAAUAUGAUUAUGAUUUCGAUAAACCCAAGGCAACUCGUAGUUUAAUCUGCUCACCUUCCUGACCAGGAGUUUCGGAAAGUCCCGUCCAAUCUACUCUAGUCCAG